CUGUGCUGCCUUACUGGUGCCAUUAAAGGACAACCGGCCGCCAUCCCUUCAUCCAUCCGGACCUUGAGUAUUUGGACCGAAGUACUCACACACACGCCCGCACUCAGUGUCAUACACUCUCUUUAUUUUGCUGGCCAGCUAAUACCAUUGUUUUGUUUUGUUUUGUUUUGUUUGCAUUCACAAAGACUAUCCAAAGACAUUUUGGUUAUUGUCAAAUAGACACUCUCUGAUUACGGACUGAGGAGGUUGUGGUGUUACAACCCCAGGACUGAGAAAAAGGACUCUUUACAUAAUAUAUUCACUUGUCUCCUGGUUAGGAAAAGUGACUAUUGAUGGAAAUAUUUUUCUUCUUUUUGUCUUUAUUUACAUUGUAUCCCAGAGAGGUUUUAAGUUGUUCAGGUUGAAACGUUUGCACUUAAAGUCGGUUAAGUUUCCUUUGAUAUAUCAGUGUCAAGCUAAUGUUUAAGAGGGUAUGUUAAGGACAGAUGUGCUCCAGUCCGUCAAUCCUUUAAAGUGCUGGACACCGAUGGUAAAUUGCCAUCAGACCCUAAAUAAAUUGUCCUCUGCUGUUAUCCAUAUUGCUUCACUCAUUCUUUGGUGAGUAGACGUAUUGGUUACAACUAAGAGUAGUAGGAAAAAAUUGGCGCCCGAACAGGGACUGGAGCGCAUCAUUAACUUUAUCCUGAAGCACAUGCACAGACAUCUGUGAAUUCAUCUACUGCUUUGCAGAGAGAGACAAUGGAGUUUUGUGACAGGUAUGGUUUUGAUCCAGAGUACACUGUUUUGUUAAAAGGGGCUAAAGCCGAGAUUAAACUACAAGAGGUGCAAAGAGCAUUUGCUUUGCUGGAUCACGUGGUCAAAAUUCAACAAAUAGAUAGUCUCCCUAACACUAUUUUGUGUCAGUUCACUGAGUCCAUUACCCCAAUGCUCAUAGAUGGAGAACAUUCAGCAGAUGGGGAGUGUUGGGAGGUUAUUCAGAUAGAUGAGUACUGUCCUCAGGGACCUGACAGUUUUCACCUGGCGCAUGAUGUGGUCCCCCUCGCUCGAGCAAUUGAUGAUGUGACUGCUAGUUUCAGAGAACAAGUAAACGAACUGGCAUUAGCAUAUAAUGUGAGCCCCAUGACUUUAAAUCAGGCUGCAGUGAGCCACAUGUGUGGGAAAAAUGAUACAUAUAAGGGGUUAGCUACCUCAACUCCUGCCUUGGGAGUUAAAACUCAGUCCACACCCGGUCCCAGGUCAACUGCCGCCUGUGAUGAUGGCCAUGUGCCCAAGGCUAAACAGGCACUUGAUGCGGACUCCCUGCUUGUUGAUCCUUUGCCAGCGGAGGUUCAGAGAGUCAUUGUGGAGCACAUUGUAAAACAUGACUCGCCCAUGCACACUCCCUCUGGUUUUGAGCUCCGCUCAUUUUCAGGAAACUCUCCAAAACCCCCUAAUGAGGUAGAGUACAGGGUAUGGCGACUUAGAGCUAAACAGGUACUAAAUGACUCUACCCUUUCCGAAGGGCAGCAGCGCCGUGGUUUCCUCGAUAGCUUGGCUAGCCCUGCUUUGAAUGUAGCCCUUUCUAUUGGGUCUCAAGCACCACCAAAAGACUAUCUUGAUGAGCUUGACAAGGCUUAUGGCAAUGUCACUGGAGGUGAAGAGCUGUAUAUCCAGUACCUAGAGACUCAUCAGAAUAGUGGAGAAAAGGCAUCUGAUUACUUGCGCCGACUCCAGACGUUGCUGCAGGAGGUAGUUGACGGUAACGGCAGGCCUUCUGGCACCCUCCCACAGCACUGGAUGCUUGUACCAGAGGGCAACUGGAGAAAAAGAAAAAAAAAAAAGAAGAGGAGUGGAGGAAGUAUGUUCGCCCCCUUGUACAUGCUUAUAACUGUACAAAACAUGACGCAACUGGAGAAGCGCCCUUCCUUCUGAUGUUUGGUAGAGAGCCAUGGCUGCCGAUGACACUUGCAUUGUUCAAUAACUUUUUCCUGUCAUUACAACAACAGAUUGCUGGGUUAGUGCAAUCUCUGUCGGGUGAUAGUGACGGGACGUCACACUUUAAGCAGGGGUGUAUGUAACCCAGUGUUAAUUUGGUUAUCUGACAUUGUGUGAUAUUCAGUAUAUAUGUAUAUAUCUAUAUUGGGUGUUAUAAAAUGUUCUUCAAUGAUUUUGAGGUUUUUUUUAUAUUGCUAUGGGUUUGCGGCUGCUUUACGACAGUCGACUGUAGUGGUACAUCCUAGCGGGAGGGGCUAUGAGCUCACGUGGCUUGUAGCUGUGCCAGAGAGCAAGCUUGGGUGAGCUAGCGGGGAAUAUCUCCUUAUGCAGUAGCCUUGAAAAGGAUUAUUGUUCGUUCUCCUGCCAGACGCCUCGCUGCUGUGCUGCCUCGCUGCUGUGCCGCCUCGCUGC